AAUUCUGAUUUUGAUAUUCUGUAAGUAUGGAGGUCACAAGGUGACAGUAGCUGCUGCAUUCUAUUAACCCAAUCCUUUCAUAAAAACCGAAUGCAGGCAAUGGUCAAAUAAAUGUGGUGGAGUAAAAAGCACAUUGCCUCUGAAAUGUAGAAAUAUAAAGUAGCAUAUAAUGGUAUUAUAGAAAGCACAAGUAAAGUGACCACAGAUGAGGGUUUGUCAUAUUUAGCUUUCAAAUCAGUUCUUCACUUAUUUUUAUGUUGAAUGUUAUUUAAUGGGUCACCGGCAGGGGUCGCUAAAAGACACGUGAUGCACACGGAAAACAACGUGAAUUUGAAAGUGAAAGCAGAAAGCAGGCAGUACACUUACAAGAACUAGUGCAGCAUGGAGUUUAUCACAGACAUCACUAUCAUUAUUGACGAAGCUGAAUAUACGGACCCUGGAAUAUUAAUGACAUUUCUGCAGUCGUACAGUCCUGAGAAAAAAGGAUCCUGCUACAAAGUGAGAGGAACUUAUGAGCAACUGGAGAAACUUUCAAUCAAACUGUCAGCAGUGAGGCAUCACUUCAGUACUACCAAACGUGGGCCAAUCUGUCAGCAACAUGAACAGCCUUCAACUCAAGUCAAAUCUGUUUAUGCAGCUGCUGUUGUUAUGGAUUAUAUUGAGCAAAAGUGUGCAAAAGAACUCACCAAAAUUGGAGGAAAAACUUUUUUCAUUGAAACACAUCCUGACAUCCGAAAGGUGCACACUGAGUCAAGUAACAUAGUACAGGUGACUUUCAGGCCACACCAUGUCUCCAUAUACCCUGUUCAUGCUGACUUUGUCAGACAGAGAUUCAUCACAUUAUACCAGAGAACUGCCUCCGACCUUCAGGUCACAUCUGUCUGUGUGAGUCCAUAUGACCACAAAGACAUACAGAGGAGAUUUCCACAGCUUACUUUUAAACCCACCAACAACAAAUAUCAAGUAACAGUGAUUGGGCCUUUUGUGCACAUUUCUAAACUGAAAGAGCUCAUUUUACAAAAUAUGCAAAGCUCAAGCACGAGUCCCAUAAACAAAGGUUCACCAGAGACCUCUAGCAGUAGAACCUCAGGUCCUUCACCCACACACAGCAAAGAUCCUGAAGAUGAAUCAUGUCCAAUCUGUAUGGAACUAAUAGUAACAACAAAGAAAGAGACUCUACAGUGCAAUCAUUCAUUCUGCAGAAACUGUUUGAAACAAGCCUUUGACUACAAGCCUGUAUGCCCAACAUGUGGGGAGGUGUAUGGCACUUUGACAGGGACACAACCUGAUGGAGGUAUAAUGAAUGUCUCCAAAACCUCUUCAUCUUUACCUGGAUAUGAGAAAUAUGGAACAAUAAUAAUCCAUUAUUACAUUCCAAGCGGGAUCCAAAAGGAGGAGCAUCCCAACCCUGGUCAGCCAUAUGAAGGCGUAUCCCGUACAGCAUAUCUCCCAGACUCCUUAGACGGUAGGCGGAUCGUAAAACUGUUGAGGCAAGCCUUUGAUCAGAGACUCAUCUUCACUGUUGGUCAGUCCACCACCACUGGCAAGAGCAAUAUGGUCACAUGGAAUGAUAUACACCAUAAAACCUCAACACAUGGAGGACCAACACAGUAUGGAUACCCAGAUCCUGAUUAUCUGAGCCGAGUUCGAGAUGAACUGACAGUCAAAGGAAUUAAAUGAGUUAUUUAAAGAUUUGUUAACACAUGAAUGCAGAGCUGAUAUAUGACACAAAUUAAUGUACAAACAUAAAAUAUUAAACUACAGACAUGUUAGGCAUUAUGGCACACAAGGCUACAAACCAAAAAGGGGUAAGGGGUUUCAUAAAUGAUAACCAACAUUAGUCAACCAUAGCUUCCAACUUAAUUUUUGGUUGUUAUUUCUCAUUGUGUGGAUUUCCUUUGUUUUAUUGAUGUUUCAAAUUGUCUUGUUCAAAAUCAUUUAAGAUGGAAAAAGCAACGCAUGACAACAGUUAUAUUUUAUUGGUCAUUAUCUGUAAGCAGUCUAAUUUGAUGGUGAGGCAAAGAGCUAACUGGCCUGUCUUAGUUUACUUACUCUACUCUCUAGUUUUGGGUUUUUAGAAAGUUUUUAGAAUUUUACAUAUCCAUUUUUGACAUUACACUGUAUUCUGUCACAUCAUAAGUCGUAUUGGUACAAUGAUUUGUUGUUAGGUCAAGGGGAUUUAAUUACUACUCAGCCUUUCAGUUGUGCCAGCUACUAACGGACCUCAAAAUACACUGAACGGCUUGACAAGAGGACAGCAGGUAAAGAUGUAGGCCUUGCCUGAAAGCCAGAUGAGCUGGAUAAACUGUCCCCCCAGAAAUAGGGUGAAACAUUGAAAUAAAAUAUUCACCCACCCUUUA